ACUUCCAACAAUGACGCAGCCAGGCAAUCAGAAAGUCCCUGGAUCGUCUCGGAUCACUGACCAUUUUUCAGAACGAGCAUUGCAGGAUCACGGCUCGGGAUGGAGUGCCCUCUGGGACACAAAAGAUAACGUCCUCUGGGACCGGGGAAAGCCUUCGCCAGCGCUGAUUGAUCUUAUCGAACAACGAAAGGAUCUAUUCCAGCCUCUGACGGCUAAUGGCCGCCGUAAGAAAGUACUUGUACCGGGAUGCGGACAAGGUUACGAUGUUGUUAUGUUGGCAUUACAUGGUUUCGACGUUUAUGGUUUAGAUAUAUCCAAGACCGGAAUAUCAGCGGCCCAGGGUUACGCGUAUAAUGAACUACAAAAACCGCAGGAAUACAACUUCGGAGAACAGAAAAGCGGUCCGACGGCUCAAGGCAGUACCACCUUUAUAAAAGGUGAUUUUUUCAAGUCGGAUUGGGAACAAACAGCUCUGGAAGGCGGAGAAGUUCAGUUUGAUAUAAUUUAUGAUUAUACGUUCCUCUGCGCCCUUCACCCCGAUAUGCGCCAGCAAUGGUCCAAGCGCAUGUCGGAGCUUCUGCGGUCUGAUGGCUACCUAGUUUGUCUUGAAUUUCCGUUAUACAAGGAUCCAACGCUUCCUGGUCCCCCCUGGGGCUUGCAGGGGGUACACUGGGACCUGCUAGCGCGGGGUGGUGACGGCAUCGCCAAUAUUCAUAUAGCACCCGAAAUCGCGCAUGAGGAUCAGCUUAUGGGUCAGUUCAAAAGGGUGCUGCAUACAAAGCCAGCUCGGACAUAUGAGAGUGGGAUAGGGACAGAUAUGCUCAGCAUUUAUGCUCGAAAGUAG